AUGGAGGAGGACGAGGAAGGCAAGGACUGUGUCGGGAGAGCCCCCUUCGGACAGGCCGCCACGCCGAAACUGCUGGACGUGCACCCGCUCAACGGGUCGUUCGGCAGCAACGUCUCAGUCGUCCUCGAAGGUCCGCUGAACGGCGACAGGCUGAGGGUGUUCUUCGGCGACGUGCAGUGCCCGGUGUCGUCUUGGAGGGUGGAGGCCGGCGACUACGAGCUGUCCCAGGGGGACGUGUUCGGCCUGGAGGGGCUAAACCUCACGCAGACGGUGCUGGAGGUGCCCGUGUGCGAGUUCCCUGCGACGGAGGUGUCCGUCCACGUGUUCGUGGACCCCGAGGGGUACGCCCUGCACGGCUCACCCUACCUGGGCGCCGAUUUCCAGUUCGAGCAUCAGUUGCUCCUCUUCUCGGUGAGCCCAAUGAACGGCUCCCUCUACGGAGGUGUGGAGCUGACCAUCCUGGGCUCCGGCUUCAGCUCAGUGCCCAGCGAGAACUUCGUUACAGUAGGCUCGCGGGUCUGCCCUGUGUCUGCGGCCUCCUUCGGCGAGCUGCGGUGCUGGUCCCCGGCGGCCCCCGAGGGCGCCGCCGGAGCCCAGGAGGUGCGCGUCGUGGUGGGGCCGUCGGGCACCGGCGCGGGCCUGUCCGCCGACUACUACCUCUUCGGCUCCGCCGUGUCGAUCGCCGACUUCGGCGCUUACUCGCCGGACUCGUCGGGGACGACGUCGACCCUGAACUUCGAGAGCGACCCGGGCACGGAGCUGGGCCUCGGCACCUCGUACUAUUUCGGUGCGGUUUGGCGUGGCUACCUGGUCAUUGCCACCCCUGGCGCUUACCUUUUCUCGCUGGUCUCCGAUGACGGUAGCGCCUUAUGGGUGGACGACGUUCUGGUUGUGAACAACCAGGGUUUCCAUGCAGCCCUUGAAGUCAUGGGCACCGUGUCCUACCUUGAAGAGGGCGACCAUUACAUCGAGGUCAAGUACCAGCAGGGCUUGGGCUCCUCGAACCUCGUGUUCAGCUACUCUGGGCCCGAUACGGGGGAGGUGACCGUGACCGUCCCCGAGGCGGCGCUGAAGCAGCUGCCAAGCGUCGCUGGGCCCUCGCUGCAGUUUGAGUACAUGAGCUCGGGCUCCUCCCCCCAGGCGGUGGCGGCCGCGGUCGUGUCGUCCGCGUCCGAGGUGGAGCUGGUCAUCAAUGGCUCGGGCUUCGGCAGCGCGCCAGGGGCGGUCGCCUUGGGCAGCCACCGCGACCCGACGGCCAACGUCCAGUGCACCUCCGCGUCCUGGAGCGACGCCCAGGUGCGCUGCAUCGCCCAAGACGUGCCGGCCGGCCUCUGGAGCGUGCGCCUGUGGCAGCCGGCCGCGGGUUGGUCCUCCGCGGCGCCGGAGCUCUUGGACCUGGCGCCCAACGUCUCCGAGGUGGAGGUGCGGGGCACCGUGCUGCCUGCCCACGAGGGCGGCACCCUGCGCGCGGGUCUGCGGGGCGGGAUCGAGCUGACUCUCCGGGGCGAGCACCUGGGGCUUGACCUGGGCCAGACCGAGGUCCUCGUCUGCGGCAGGCCGUGCCGCGUGCUGGAGGCCCGCAACAGCAGCAGCCUCCGGUGCGAGACGCCAGAGCGCAGGAGUGCGGAGCUGGCAGAUCUGUACCCUGCCGCUUUCCCCGCGGAGGACUUGGCGCCCCACGCCAGCGUCUUCUACACUGAUCAGGGCAGUGGCAACGAGGACGAGGUCGCCCUGGCGAACAGCACGUUCACGUCCUCGGUGGAUCACGAGAUCAACUUCUAUUACGAUUUGGGCUGGCACAACCGCGAGGAGUGCUGGUUCGCCUUCGAGCUGCCGCCGUCCCAGGUGGCGCGCCUGCAGACCGUGAGCAUCUUCCCCCCCACCGACCCCAACCAGCGGGAGCGCCGGCCACAGCGGCAGAUUUGCACGCAAAGCUCAUGA